GUACUCAAAAGCCAAGUGAAAAUGUGUACCACCAAUAACAUAGAAUGCAUGUCACCACCUUCUUCUCUCCAUUUCCUUACCCAAAAAACAAAAUCAAAGCAAGCUAGGUUUCGGAUUCGGAUUCAGGUUCGAAUUCAAAGGCUCAACAGGGUUAACAAGUUUAUCGAAGAAAGAAUGAAACACGAGAUGGAGUUACAGAACUUGAAGUUGUACAUGGAGAACUUGAGUAUCUUGAAAGAGAACGAGAUGUUACGGAACAAAGCCACCCAGCUCCAUCAAGAAAAUCUUGAACUAUUAUCCAUUUUCGACAAGAAAAGGUUCAAACUUUGAUCUUUUCUCGAGUACCCUUUUCGUUCACGAUCAUCAUGGUACACGGGCAACCCUCGGACUCAAGAUAACGAGUCUUUUUUCCCUAAUCUAUUUGCUAGAAUGAAUUAUUGAUUAUCAAAUGAAGAGUAGUGGUACAAAGUUAGAAUUGAGUUAAUUUAUCUCGAGUUCAACAAAGUCGUGUUGUAUGCAAUGUGAGGUUGUACUCCAUGCUUACAUUUUUGUACCAUUUUUU